AUGGCUACUUCAGACUUAGAUCAGCUCAUUGAAAUGGGCUUCGAUAAAGAGAGAGCGCAGCUGGCGGUGGCAAGAAGCGGUGGACUCCAAGGAGCUUUAGAGUGGCUUGAGGAAAACCAAGACAAGUCGUUAGAGGAAAUAAAGUCUGCUGGGUCGAAAGAAGGGGAGUCUGAGGAUGGUCCCGCGUUGCAACCCGGCGAAGAACCCCGCAGUCUGGCUUGUAACGAAUGUGGGAAAAAGUUCCGCAGCCAGGCACAGGCAGAAUUUCAUGCAUCUAAGUCCGGACAUGUGGACUUCUCAGAGUCAACGGAAGAGAUCGCACCCUUAACAGAGGAGGAGAAGAAGGCCAGAUUGGAGGAGAUCCGGCAGAAAUUGGCUGCAAAGCGAGCGUUACAGGCUGAGCAGGAUAAAGUGGAUCAGAAAAGGAAUGAGGAAAUUCGACGGAAGAGCACCAAAGAAUCGCAAGACAUUAAGGAAGAACUGCAGAGGAAACAGAUGAUGAAGGAAGCCGCCAAAAAGAAGCAAGAGAAACUGGACGAAAUUGAAACCAAGCGUCGCAUUAAAGCCAGGAUCGAAGCGGAUAAAGAAGAGCGGAGACUGAGAGCUGAGCGGGAGAAAGCCGAGCGUGCCGGCAUGGCACCUCCUGCACAACCAGCUCCUCAAGCGCCUACAACCUCCGGACCUGUUGCCUCCAAGCCCGCAUCUGCUUACACUGAGACUCGACUGAGAUUUCAGACGCCCAAGGGGAACGUCAUGAAAACAAUGCCCGUCACUUCUACCUUGUUCGAAGUUGCCGCAGCCUUGCAACAAGAGGACGGCAUUGAAGUGCAAAGCUUCGUGCAAAACUUUCCUAGAAAAGUGUUCAAUGCCGAGUUCUUUGGCGAGUCUCUAAAAGACCUUGGACUUGUUCCUAGUGCCAGUCUCGUAGUCCAUGUUGGCGACCAACACCGCAGUGGUCCAGUAUGCGUCAUGAUGCCAAAUUCGACAGGAAACAUGUCCGGCAACCCAUUUGAAGAACCGCCUCGGCGGAUCAGCGAGUAUACGGCGCAGGAAAUUGCUACGCUCCAAGCACGCCUGGACAAGAAAUUGGGCCCUGAAUACAUCUCCUCGCGGCCUGGCGCCGCGGGACAGAAGGUGCACUAUCUAUCCGCGGAUAAAUGCAUCAAUCUUGCCAAUGAGGUGUUUGGCUUCAACGGCUGGUCGAGUUCAAUACAGAAUAUUCAGAUCGAUUUUGUUGAGGAAAGUCAAAAUACUGGGAAGAUCAGCUUGGGGCUAUCCGUCAUUGUGAGGGUAACACUGAAGGAUGGCACUUACCAUGAAGACAUCGGUUACGGUCAUAUUGAGAAUUGCAAAGGAAAGGCUGCUGCUUUUGAAAAGGCCAAGAAAGAAGGAACUACUGAUGCACUUAAACGUACAUUGAGGAAUUUUGGCAACGUUCUGGGUAACUGCAUCUACGACAAAGAUUAUGUUUCGAAAGUUACCAAAGUGAAAGCCACUCCUGCGAGAUGGGAUGUUGACGAACUUCACCGGCAUCCUGACUACGCACCGAUAAAGAAGGAGCCUAUUCGACCAAACCCCGUGCCAGAGGAUGACGACCUUCCUCCUCGGCUACCAAACGCUGUGAAAAGCACCAGUACGAAUGAUGCUGCUGCAUUUGAUGGUGAUGGGGAGUUUGGGAGUGAUCUUUUUGAUGAGGCCGAUUUUGGAGUCACGGCCUCUGGAAACCCGGAUGAGAUAGUGCUGGGACCAGAAACGCAGACAAAACCGCAACCACCGACUCCUGUUAAGUCAGGCCCUCAGGGGAACUUUCACCGCCCAAACCCAGCAGUCGUGACGCCUUCUAGGCCAGAAAGGCCAUUCAACCAAACAGUCAACAACAGACAACCUUCCGUUCCGCCCACUCUCAAUCAAAGACACAAUCCUGCGCUGCAAAACCAACAUGUCGGACAAAGGCAACCUGUCCCGCAAGGACAACAGCAGAACUUUCAAAACGGCAGAAUGGCACCCCCAGAUCAACCAAGGACUAGCCAAGAUUUAAGCUUGCCAAGUGCUGCAGGGCAAAUGCCUAUCAAACGAGAAUUUGACGCUAAAGCUCAAGACACAGCUCCCCCGGCCAGUUCACCCUCUGUUCCGUCUGCCUCAUUCUUUUCAGCUCGAGCAGUAGAUUUGUUGCGGGACAACCCACAUACUGCCGUGAAUGCUCCCCAGUUCGAUCCCCAUGCCGAAAGUCCCUCGAUCCGCAAGACAGCAGGCGUCGAUCACAGCAAGAGUGUCCCCAUAUCAAAGCCAAUGCUUGCGGGAGCCUCACCAGCUUCAAACAAUACGCGCGACUUCAUCAAUCCUUCAACGGAUAUGCAUCGAAAAAUUGGCGCCCCUGGAGGUAUUGGCAGUCCAAUGAUGAAUCGGGGUCAGACAACUUCAUCAUACCGCCCACUGACUCGGCAAAAUCUCGAUCCAAAACUUGCUGCAAGCAACGCAGCUGCAAACAGAGCCGGAUUUGGACCACCCAAUGUUAAUGGGAAACGACCGCCUUUAAGUGACGUGACGAAUGCAUCUGUCUCUGGCGGCAGCGGGCCUGCUCCAGCAGUCAAUGCCAAUGAUCCCAAAAGACCCAAGAUUGAUGGGAAUUUGACGCCGUCCUUACCGCCGCAGCAGCAACAGCAGCAAUAG